CGGAGGCGAAAGAGGAGCGCCGGGAAGCUGGAGACUAUGUGCCCUGAGCCCCGCGGCUGCCCGGAGGUGCCCGCGGCCUGAGCCCCGACGGGCCGUGGGGUCUCCUGCCGGGCCGAGCCCCCCGCUUUCCCUGCUCGCCGCCCCGGCUCUCCGGCCCGGGCUUGCGCUUCGGCUGCCAACGAGUUAAAUGCCCUUGAGCGCGGGUUUCCGCGGCCCGGCUGGCAACGCCGGCCGCGCGAGUUGAGCCGUUUCCCCGCGCCGUCCGCCGGGGGACGCGUCCAUGUGUAGCCACAUAGUUAUCUGUGUACCGCGGCGCCGGGGCAUUCUCCUUCUGCUUAAUGAGGACUCGACUUGGGAGCAAGUGUGAAUCACUGCCGGGCUGGGAAAGGAGGAAGACGAUUUAACCCCCUCCCACCCCGCUCCAUGUCCGUGUGUCACUCGGCUCGGUCCACCUGGCGCGGCCGGUCCUGGGGCUGCUGCUGCUGACGACGGCGACGGGGCUGCCACCCCAGGAGUUCCCUCUUGCUGUGGCCACACCGCUCCUGGCGAUUGUUCCUCUUCCUUCGCUCGGAACCUCGGCCCGGCCGGCACUUUGGCUCCGAAAGAACUUAUUUUAGGGGGAAGCACAUCUCGAACCAGUCAAGAUCGUGAAGGUUGAUUUCUGUAGCUCGAAGAUUUCUCUUUUUUGUUUGUUGUUGUCUGUUUUUGAUUUUUUUUUCGGCGUAAACAUCUGGGUAUAUAUCAAACGGCAAGAUGUCCAGUAGUGUCCCGGCGGAUAUGUUUGAAUCAUCACUGAGCUCUCUCUCCAUCCUCCAGCCCUUCACCCCUGCCCCUGCCUUCUUGUCUUUACAGAACAGCUAGUCCAGAACUAGUCCUGUAUGCACGCCAGUGAAUCUUUUGGAUUUGAACCUCUGUUAGUCGUUCCUUUGAAUCUCUGUUUCCUGGGGUGAGGAGAUGGUGCUUCAAGAUUGGUGUUGCCAAGAGCAGUGGAGGUGGAAAUUGACAGAAAACGAACAGAUGAUGCUGUCAAGCCCCCAGUAAAUACAACAUAGAAGACAACAUUCAGAACAGGAAUCAGAGUUAAUUCAGUAUAUUUCUGGAGUGAUUAGUAGAAGUCAUGAUAAACUUGCGCCUCAUCUUGGUAAGCGGGAAAACAAAAGAGUUCCUGUUUUCUCCUAAUGAUUCUGCUUCUGACAUUGCAAAGCAUGUGUAUGACAACUGGCCAAUGGACUGGGAAGAAGAGCAGGUCAGCAGUCCAAAUAUUCUACGCCUUAUUUAUCAAGGACGAUUUCUACAUGGAAAUGUCACAUUAGGAGCAUUAAAACUUCCUUUUGGCAAAACAACAGUGAUGCAUUUGGUGGCCAGAGAGACAUUGCCAGAGCCAAACUCUCAAGGUCAGAGGAAUCGUGAAAAGACUGGAGAGAGUAAUUGCUGUGUAAUUCUGUAAACGCUGUCUGCCAAGUGUGGUGUGAUGUAGUCUUUGUCUUUCAUGCUGCUGGGCCAGAGGAGACCCAACGUCGCUUCAGAACCUUUGGGAAGAGUCUGCCUAUAAAUACGUGGACCUGAACUAUCACAUGAACACUGUCAUCUUUUCUCAUGAAAGUAAAAAGAACCAAGAACAUUUUUCACUAUGAUUUUUUAUUUCUAGUAUUUUUGUUUAUGUUGAGCAGUUUUAAAAUGUAUUGAUUUUUGGAUGCAAGUCAAUCUCCAGGGGGAAAGUUAACAAGUUAUCUUUCAUAGCAGAAACGAUUUCGCUGCCACAAAAAUUUUCGUCACCAGAACUAACAAAAUCAAGUGUUCCAAAUACAGUGUGCACUAAAAAAGAUUGACAGUUAUUUUCUUCAUCAGCAGAAUUUAUAACAUGGUUUAUGGUACCUAGAAAUAUACUCAUAUAUACAAAUCCACACUGGAAGACACUCAGCAAUUAAUGAAGUUAAUUACUGGGCCAACUUGAGAGUAAAAAAUGGAAAAGAAACUAAAAUGUUGGGUGAAUUCUACCCAAGUCAGCCAUGGCGGCUGCACUGGCACAGAAUCCCACACUGAGUGCGACUGUUCCCACUGCAACAAGUGAAAAAACAAACUGUGCCUCUUGUUGAAAUUACUCAGCAGAGGGCUGAUGAGACUAGUUGUUUUUCCUUUAUCACGUGCCCUCUAGUCAGACAGUGGCUGAGGGCUUGUUCACACAGCGCACGAGGGGUGAGAGCUCGCGUCCUAGCCUUAACGCGGGGGUCAAAUCCAGCCACUCGCAGACCUCCGUGAUUGCGCAGAAAUAUUAGAAAACCUCGUUUAUUCAUCACUUUUGUGUAUUUGAAUAUCAGCAAAUUGAAUUUGUCCAUAAUUACUGCUCAUCUCUGUGUCCAGUGUCACAGUUACUCAUUAGAGACCUCAGAUGAAUUCUUAAAAUUAGAAAACUCUCCAUAGGACUAAUUUUGUUUCUUUAUGUAGUUUGCAUUGGGUAUUAGUGCUUGCAAUUGUAUUAAAGUCAAAAGCUGAUUUUCAAGGCACACUUGAUUAGGGAUGCCAUUUUUUUGUUUUGUACCAGUAACUUAAAAGUUGAUAUGCUAAAAACAAUUUGCACAGCACUAAAGCAUGAGCUAGUUUCAUCUAAACCUGUAAAAAAUAUAAAAGAUUUUAUAUUUUUUCACUGGGAAGAAAUUCUUCCUGGAUGAAAUUACAAAUACGUGUAGAAUAUAUUUAAUAAAAAACUUAUAAAAUACCUAACUAUAGAACUUAAAUAUAGAUUGGCGUGUAGUAUAUAGAACAAUGUUCCAUAUAAAUAACUUUAGCCUUCAUAAAAAUGAAGUCGCAGGCUGACGUCAUGUUCUGUACUGAAAAGAGUGUCCACGGCCCUUACAAAUAGUAAGUGUAAAUCAUUUCAAACGGUCAGCUUUGUUUAAAGGUAAUCAGGUUAUUUUAUUCAUUGUUAAUGCUUUGACGAAAAGGCUUUAUAUGCAGUAGAUCUACGAAAAUAUUGUUCAUACUGAUGAGAAUUAAAUUUGUAUAGAGCAGAGUUUUAAAAUGAAUGUAAAUAGCACUAAACAUUUUCCUUCUGCAACCUGUACUUAUAGAUUCUUUCUGUAAACUAAAUAAAAAAAAUAUUGUAGUGCAUUUUGGUGGUAAUUUUAAAGGUCUUGAUGAGGUUGAUAAUUGUUUAAGCACUGUCUCAUCCACGUUAAAAUUGUUCAGUUUUUAUUUCUGAAUCUUUUAAAAAUUUGUUUAAUAUUCUACUGUUAGGUUUGGGGCGAAUCCCAGUGUAUCUCUGAUAUUUAACCUGGUUAAUUUGUGCACAGUCACGACAAUGGGUAGAAUUAUGUAGUUCCUGUUAUCACUAAGAUGUUCUAUUCAAGAGAUGUUGAAUAUUUAUAUGCUGUGUUGACUAGCUCACAUGUGAAUUCUGUUAGUGUGGACUAAAGAAGAAUCUGGUAGUUACUUAAUUGGGCAAUUAAGCCAUUUAUGGCUGUAUUCUUUCCUAAUACAAACUACCGGUAAUUAUUUUUAAUACCUAUUUUAAUUCUAAUUAUUCUUCUGUUUCUACAGAGUUAAAGACUACAUUUAAUUGUGAUUGAAAUUUUAUGAUGGUUAACCAUAUUCUCUUGGUUUUCAAUAUAUUUUUCUGUGUGUUCCCCACAUUAGUAAUUUCCCUUCACAAGACCUCAAUUUAGAGUUUGUAAAAUGGAUGAACUGGUUCAUCAGUAGAGAUUUAUGUCACUCAAUACCUAAUAUCGUUGCACAAAAUGAAAAGAAGAAUUUGAAAACUGCAGUAAAAUUAUAUACAGGAAACACCAACAAUUUAGAUGCCUUAAUAGUGUAUACGUGAAAAUACUCAACCAUCCCUUUGAGAAUAGUUGCUUGGACUGCCUGCCCGUUAAAAUCGAUCGAUCAUAUCCCACUGAAGGUGCCUCUGCCACAAACAGCUUGCUUGCUGAAAGGCGAGAGCCGCAGAGGUCCGUCCAGUCCUGUAAAUAAAACCUGAGCUACGGGCCUGUGACCCUGCCCAGCACUUGGUAUUUAACUCAUGUCUUUUACCUAAAUUGUCCUAGACUUGAAGUAUUCUGGAAAAGGCAAAGCUUUUCUUCUUUAUUAAAACCUCAGCAUGUCUCCUUGAUCUGACUUACUUGGUUCCUCUUCAAGAUAAGUUGUA